CUCCACAGCUUCAUCCAGAACACCUCACUCUCUCACCUUACUGAACCUCACCCUCCAGACUCACAGAAGAACAAAAAACUACACCCGAAAAUGCCUUACCUCCCCACAUCCCAGGAAUACCUGGAACAAUCCUGCCUAUUGCUAGAAGCAUACCCGGAAACUACAAGAAUAACAACAAAAUACAGCUUCCCCUCGAAACCCUCCCCCUCCACAUCCAAAAAUGCCGCCCAAUCACAACAACAAACACAACAACCACCAGCAACAGCAGCGCCAACACCACCAAUCGCAACCCUCACUUUAAAAACUUUCAACCCCACCUCCGGAAUCUGCCUCAAGUACCAGACAAACAAAAUCCAGGAAGUCGGUCGGCUAAUGACCACGUUGGGCAAGUUGGCUGCUGGAUCUGAUGUGGCGGGGUUGGGGCUGUCGAAUCCUGUGCCUGCGGUGUCCGGUGGGGGUGAUACGGAGAUGGUUGAUGCGCCGGUUGAAGAGGCUACGAAUGCGGGUGCGACUGCUGGGAAAGGCGAGGGGGCGAAGGGCGGGAAAGGAAAGAAGAAGGGUGGGAAGGGGAAGAGGUGAGAGUUGAUAUUGGGUGGGAUAUGGAUAUGGGAUAUUAGUGGGAACGGAAUGAAAGAAAAAAGGUUCAAUAUUCGAUACGGAGUAAAGUCGAGGUGCUUUUUGCUUGAGAGUUGUUUCUGGGCAGACUGCAGAGGUUGGUGGAGUUCAGGACGGACUUGUAUCUUCGCUAUGAAGUGGCUGCCAUUUCACACCAGAACGUAUCCCCAACUGCACCAACUCAACCAUCGCACCAGUGAAGAACCAAGAUACCUCAUACUGUACAUAUAAAAUGCAAUUUCAAUGUUACAGGAAGUGCCUGAUCUGGAAGUAAACUUUAAUCGGAGAAUAGCUCUAAUGAGAAGAUACAAAAUACUUUAAACAAUGGAGAUAUC